AUGUUGCAUAGACCAGAGGGGUCCAGCGAGGGCCCCGUGUGGUACUUGCAGCAGGAUGCCCAAAUCGCCCUGCUCUGGAACCAGCUGAAUGCUCUCCAAUACCAGCUGGUGCAGAACAAUCACCAGCUGAGUCUGCAGCAGAACCUGAUCCUCGGUCUGCAAGAGCAGUUAUAUCACAGCUGCUUGCGGCACGAUGCGGACCAGGACCUGAUCUCCAAGCUUGUGGGAAAGCUCUGCGAGCCUGAGUGCAGUGAUGUGGGCAGGGAGCAAGUGGAGCACAGGCUGGAGCAUGCGCAGAAGCAAAUCCAGAAACUCGAAAAGAAGUUGCAAUGGGAAGCCACGAAGCGUGACGACAACUGCUUCCUGAGCCAGACUGCCAUCAGCGUUCUUGAGGAGCAGGUGCAAGACCUGCAGUCUGCUAUUGAGAUCUUGGAAGAGGAGCAUCGGGCCUGCAGCUGCACCGCAGGUGAUCAGUGCUGCAAAGCGGAGCCACCGCUGGCAGGCCAAAGCGAUGGCGAGGAGCCAGUAGCGACGGAGGGCGCGCCUCCAACUGCUGCUGCGCCGCGACAGCUGCAGCUCUGGAACGGCGAUCCGUGCCGGGAGAUUCCGUGUGACACGAUUGCAACUCCUGACGAAAAGCCGCCCAAGAAAAGGAGAAGUCUUGGUGAGAGCACCAAAGCUCCCGACGACGGCGACUCGUGCGAUGAGUCUCCCACGUCGGAGGAGCUGGCAGGCACCGAAGUUGGCGGUGGGGAAUACACCCCCUCCGACCUGCAUUUGCCAAACUUGUUGCCGUACCUGAGUGUGCAGGAGUUGCUGAGCUGGCGCCUCCUUUCGCGACGCACCAGGAGCCCCGAGGUGUUAAUACAGCACGUGGCCGAGAUGGGCAGCAUGGCCAGGCCAGAAGCUAUUACCGCUUUCGCAGAGAAGGUGAAGAUGUUCUGCGACAAUCCGGCAGCAUCCUUCGCGGCAGCUUUACGAGGCGAUGCUCAGCUCUACGAGUCCGCCUUUCAGAACAGUGCCAAGCAGCAGAAGCUCUACGAGUGCCAGUCGUGGUGUAUGGCCCUUGCGUCCAACGAACGAGCUCAUUUUGCCAAAGUCCACAUUCGCCGCAUUGUCGGCAAGAGCCUCGAAUCUUUGCUGUGGCACCACCGAAGUCCGGAUGCAUCUGUUGCCAAAGCCGCCAGCCUCCUUGUUUUCAACUACGCUUCUGAUGCCCUCCCGUUCGUGCAGCAGCGCAUUGCGGAGGUCAUGUUAGACCUGAUUGAAGACUUCGUAGAGUCCAACAUACCUGCCAACUUCGUGGAGAUUCAGAAGUGUAUCCGAACGCUUGAGAAGGUAUUGCGCUCGCUGAGCAAGCCUCAGCGUCAACGGGCGGUGUCGCUUAUGGUCAAGCUGGUAAUGGACCCUCACGUCCCCAAACAGGGAAUUAUCUGGCAGCUGAAGAUGCUGUGGCUGGCUGACGACAAUCCCAGACAAACCUAUGCAGAAGCGCAUCAGCAGCUGCAGAUUGUCGCCAAGUCCGACACCGCAGCUUUGAAGAAUGACCUACUGAACCUCCUGAACAACUGCUGA